AUGGAGCGCCGAACAGAAUCGGCUGUCUUUACAGCUAAAAGCGAGACAAUCUUUUUAAAGGAGAUGAAGAUCUGUCAGUCUAUCUAUCUAUCUAUCUAUCUAUCUAUCUAUCUCUAUAUAUAUAUAUAUAUAUAUCCUGUUCCUAUCUAUCUAUCUAUCUAUCUAUCUAUCUAUCUAUCUAUCUAUCUAUCUAUCUAUGUCAACAGUUCUUCCUUCCUUUCCAUUUUUCUUUCUGUAUUCACUUUUCUUUCUUUUUUUCUUUUUACUUUCUUUCCUUCUUUCUUUCUUUCAUAUUAUUCUUUCUUUCUUUAUUGGCAUUUUUCUUCUGAAUCACCGUUUUUUAUUUCUAUCUUUCUCCUUUCUUCAUUCAUAUUUGUUUUUAUUUCUUUCUUUUCUCUUUGUUUUUUCUUUCUUUUUCCUAUUUUUCUUUCUUUUUUUGAUUUCCUUCUUUCUUUAUUGAUAUCUUUCUUUUGA